UAAUAAUAUUGUUGUAAGCAAACAAGUUGAAAAUAUAUGCGUUUUUCUAUUUUGUGAUGAAAUAUCUAUUUAUACAUUGAUAUUUGCUGCGAAUUCAUAAUUAAUAUUGUCUUGUAGCUCUCAACUCUACUUUAAUUAUAGACAGAAGACUUUUGUGUACGUCUUAAUAUAAAAGAUUUCCAAUAUUUACUUUAGUAGUUUCAUAAAUAAUAAAAAAAAUUAGAAAUUCAAGAAGCUCGGAGACGAGGUGAAACCAAUUUCAUAUGAAAAAUAUUAUUAUAAAUAUCAAGACAAUUGAGAUCGAUUGAAAUGUCCGACCCUUCUGCAAAAUCUCGCGAAGAAGUGUUAGCUGCUAGAGAGGCAAAGAAAUUAGCUAAAAUGAAAGCUAAGAAGAAAGAAAUUGGUGAUACAAAAGUUGAUAAGUCACAGUGCUCAAAAGAUGCCCAAAAAGUAGAUAAUCAGCCAACAAAAUCAAAAACUAUUAGAGAAGAUAAGCCCAAAUAUUCUGCAUCAACUGUUGAUAAAGUAAGAAAUAUUAAAAGCAAGGACGAAGUGGAUAGGGCUGAAAUACAACAUUUGGAAGAUUCUCUGAAAACUUUUAAACAAUUAAAGCCAGAAAAAUCUGAGAAUGAAGGUGUUAAGAUAAAUGAGAAUUUGACUGUUACUGAUGUGGUGAACACUUUGAGGGACAUAGUGAAUGUAGCCAAGGAUGUAGAAAAUGUAACAGCUCUUGUACAUGCAAUGGAUGUAAAUAAGCCAAAUGAAGAAGAGAAAAGUAAAGCCCAGUUGAAAGCGGAAAGGAGAGCCAAGCAAGAAGCACAAAGAGCUGCAAAACAAGCACAACAGAAGCAAGAAGCUCUACCAGAACAGAAGCCAAAAGAGGCAAAGGAAACAAGUAUUGCUAAAGAUAUAAGCAAGGAGAAAUCACCAAAACCAAAAACAUUAGAGAGGCCUAAACUAAAAUCUCAUGGUACCUGUAACUGGUUCCAACAUUUGUGUACCCAAGUGGAUGCUGAGUCCUUAAAUCAAAUGGCAUUAAACUCAAAUUUACAUCCUGCAGUCAUCAAGCUUGGGAUUCAACUGUCGUCUCAUGUUAUCACAGGGGCCAACGCAAGGUGUAUCGCAUUACUUGAUGCUCUUAAAAAGAUGGUUCGCGACUAUAGUCUUCCGGCCCGCACAGAGUUCGCCCGCGGCCUCGAGGCUCAGCUGGCGUCCAGCACCAAGUAUCUGUGGAGUGCCAGGGCUCCGGCCGCCUCUGAGCUCAACGCGCUCAAACACUUCAGACACCAUCUCACGCAGCUGCCUAACAAUGUGGACGAGUUUGACGCUAAGAAAACACUUCAAGAAGAAAUAGACAGAUACAUUAGAGAGCAGAUAGAUAUGGCGGGUGAAGCAAUUAGCAUCACGGUCAGGAACAAGAUUAGCAAUGGAGACAAUAUACUAACCUAUGGAUAUUGCUCGUUAAUAGAGCGCAUCCUCCGCGAGGCUCACCUCAGCGGCGUGAAGUACCGCGCGGUGAUCGUGGGCACUCGACUGGACCGCGGCGGCACCGAAAUGCUCCGCCGGCUGUCAGUGUGUGGGGUCACCUGCACUUACGUAGAUAUCUCCGCGCUCAGCUUCGUCAUGAACACGAUCGAUAAGGUAGUGGUUGGUGCGGAGUCGCUGCUAGUGACGGGCGCAGUAGUAGCGACGGCCGGCACACUACAGACCAGCCUGGUGGCUCGUGCUCACAACGUGCCGGUGCUGGUCGCGUGCGAGACACACAAGUUCACCGAGCGCGUGCAGUACGACGCUUUCGUCUACAACGAGAUCGGUGAUCCGGAAGCUCUGAUCGAUAAAACAGACGGUAAUUCGCCGCUGAAGGACUGGCACUCAAAUCCCAACCUAACUCUUUUGAAUUUGGCGUAUGACGUCACACCGCCCAGCCUCGUCACUGCCGUGGUCACAGAACUGGCAAUACUACCGUGCACCAGCGCCCCUGUUGUCUUGAGAUUCAAGUCGUCGGAAUACGGACUGUGAUUGAUCUGUGAUUUUCACAUUGUGUAACAUAGGAAAUGUAUAAAUUUAUGCAAAUAUAUUUUUUUUUCUGGAAUGCC